UAUUUGGAGCUGAACUUCAACAUUUUGCAGCGAACAAAACGUCCUGCACUUGCGAGAUCAGGCUAUUGCGGAGAGGCUUAGAAAACAGAAACAAAGUCCUGCAAAGCAAAACUUCUAUCAGAAAAGAGACGAGACAAGACAAAAUGAAGGCAGCCAUCCUAACUCUGGCUUUGGUCAUCACCUUUGUCCAAGCCGACAUCUACCUGCACAACCCUAGAGGUUCCAACAAUCGUCUAGAUGAGGCCAACAGAGAGCGUAACAACGCGAACCGACUGUUUGACUCGCAGAACAACAACAGAGGAGGUUACAAUGUGGGCAGUGUGUACUAUUACGAGAACUCAACCCUCAGCUUGGAGUGGACCAAUCAGCACACUUGCGGUGAUCAGAACGCCGACUGUGAGCAGAUCAUCCAGUACAUGUGUGACGAUCGUUUGAGGGACGGAUCAUCAACCAACACCAUUCCUGACAACCCUACCCGAUGUAAUAACUACGAUUGCAACACUGAUCUUGAAUUUGGUAUGCACGAGGAUUUUGACUACUACACCAACUGUGAACUGAGGAGUCGUAACAUGGGCCUCUUCACAGCCGACCGAAAUCUCCGUGGCAACACGGCAGAGUACACUCGUCAGAACAACAACGGGAACAGACGUGGUUACGAGUGCCCUGAGGAGAGGGACUACUAUCCUUACUGGCACCCCACUCCUUGGAGGGAUAUUGUGAUCUUCACCACGGAUGUGGCCCGCUGUCCCUAUUAUCUGGCCGAGUCUGAGAAUGUCAAGUCACGCUUUGCGUGCGUCCUCCCCACCGACUACAUCAACAUGGCCAACAGAAACCGUGGCAACAACUUCAUCAUCCCCAUCACCCGAGAGGAGUGUGAGGCUAUAGUGCAUGACGAUGGUACUGAGAAUGGAACAACUGGUGUCUGGCGAGAGUUCACUCCAGACCCUAGUGUGGGAGCACCAGAGUGCGUGGAGGCUCACUGGAGCAGAGACAAUCACCUUGGUAACACUGUAGGGGGCUUCCCCAUUAAUUACAACUGGACUAUCCCCAAUCUCCCACAUGAGCACUGCACCAUCAGGAUUAGAUACAACAUCACAACCACUGACUAUGAAGCUUGGGAGGGCGUGAGUGCAGAGCAAGCCUCUCGCAACGAGCAAGUCUACAAUGGAAACCAGGACAACCUUCAGAGAAGACGAAUCUCUCCUAUACCCUCAGUGUAUGAGCGAUUCAACUUUAGUUUUGACGAAGCUAAGGAGAGAGGCUACGUGUUCCGGCAGAACCCAGUGGUGAAGAUCUUCCCAGACAGCCCUGGCAACAACAACUUUGGACUCCAGCUAGCCAUCAACACCAACCAGUUUGGCAGGACCUUCCAAGACAGAGGUCACUCCUUUGCCAUCAGAUCUCAAUCAGAAGAGCUAAGCAGUGAGUGUCCAACCAUCCAUAACCUCAAUGUCCGUGGAAAGCGUGGAAAUAUUGUUCAAGUGUAUCCUGGAGUGGAGUAUGACUUUGUGCCCAAUAGACUUGUGGCUGCCGUCGGUGACUGCGUUCAUUUCCAAUGGACAGGUUCCAACACCAACCCCAACAACAACGAUGGACAGGGAAGGGCCGGUACAGACAGGAGCAACGUGGUGCUCCUCCAUGCACAGAACUACGCUGAGGGGAUGGUCAAGACUGACACGUUCGGUCACUGGGGCAAUAGCUACCCAGAGGACCUCGACACUACUAACACCUCUUUCCUCGGUCUCUCUCGUGCAGACAGACAGGCACUGGCCACUCUGGAAACAAAACAAUACGGAGGAGAGAUGUCUGAGUUGGAUGAUGCUGGAACGUACUUUGACCUUGGUCCCCGUAAGAUCACUAUGAAGGGAACCUACUACUACAUGUGCACGAGGAACAACAACUUCACCAACAGAGGACAGAAGGGCAAGAUCAUUGCACAGACCGACCCACUAUCUCUCAAGAGAAUCGGCUGGCCAGGCGGUGUCGUGGAAACACCACAAACAACACUUACUGUUCCUCUGGGUACACUGAGCCAGGCCGUAGAGUUCCGUGUCACAGACAUUGCUAGCCCCGAUAUUGCAAUAGCUGACAUUCAGCGUCUAGCUGGUGGUGACGACAUGGAAGUUAACCUACCCGAAAACCAGGCCAGUGGGAUCAAGAAGAUCGACCCAACCGGACAACUUCCUCAGACCUCCCGUAGUAUGAUGGCAACAGUGGGUAUUGAUCUGGACGAUCCUACAACAACGAGUGCUGUUAUCUUGCAAGCUAAUGAAAAUAACUUCUGGGUGUUUGAGCCACUAGAGACUGAGAUCGUUGACGGACGGGCUGUAGCACAGACAGACAGCGGUGGUUACUUUGUGGUUUCUACUCCACUCCAGUACGGUCUUGUGGUGGGUAUUCCGGUCGCCAUCGUGGUGAUUCUCCUCGUAGCUAUAAUUGCACUACUACUGGUCAUCUAUUUCCGUGUUCGCCCUGAGAAGUGGUCGUCAGCCAAAGAGAAUGUGCAGAAGACACAGAUGAAGAUCAAGAGGAGCUUUGCCAAGCAAAUCUAAAAAGACAAUAAACUUGUGAUUUAGAUAGUAUUUAAAACUCAAACUUAGUUCAUUUUUUCUGCUUUUUUUUUCAUGUAUACAACUGUAUGCAUGUGUGCAAUGGCCAGUUCAUUUUUUGUACUGGCUGUGAAGAUCUUUUUCUGUUUGGUGAUUUUUAGUUUGGGCCUGCAAAUUGCUGGAUUUCAAUUUGAGGCCUGUUGGCUGUUUGUUUCUGUAACUCUCCUUCUUCUUUUAACAGUCUCAUUUCUCAUUCAGUGUGCAAAAAAGUUGAACAAACAAAA